CGACACUUGCUUCACAUGCUCUCCAUGGGCUGAACUAAUAACUGCCUCAAUCAGAAGACACUGAGCUCAGGAUCCUCCCGAACAAAGCUGACCCUGGAGACCAUGAACACCACCGUGAUAACGGGCUUCAAUGGGUCUGAGCGGUGCCCCAGAGACACGCGGAUAGCGCAGCUGGUGUUCCCAGUCAUCUACACAGUCGUGUUCUGCAUCGGCUUCCUGCUGAACACUCUGGCCUUGUGGGUGUUCCUUCACAUCCCCAGCUCCUCCACCUUCAUCGUCUACCUCAAAAAUACUUUGGUGGCCGACCUGAUAAUGACACUCAUGCUUCCAUUUAAAAUCCUCUCUGACUCACACCUCGGACCCUGGCAACUCAGGGCCUUUGUGUGUCGUUUCUCCGCCGUCAUCUUUUAUGAGACCAUGUAUGUGGGCAUCAUUCUGCUAGGCUUCAUAGCCUUUGACAGAUUUCUCAAGAUCAUCAGGCCUUUUGGGAAAUUUUUCGUACAAAAACCUGCUUUUGCAAAAAUGGUCUCGACCCUCAUCUGGCUCCUUUUGUUCCUGAUCUCUCUGCCAAAUAUAAUCUUGAGCAACAAGGAAGCAACGCCGUCAUCUGUGAAAAAGUGUGCCUCUUUGAAGGGUCCCCUGGGGCUGAAAUGGCAUCAAGUGGUGAACUAUAUAUGCCAGUUCAUUUUCUGGACUGUUUUUGCUCUAAUGCUUCUGUUUUAUGUGGUGAUUGCAAAAAAAGUAUACAGCUCUUAUAAAAAGUCCAGAAGUAAGGACCGAAAACACAACACAAAGCUGGAAGGUAAAGUAUUUGUUGUGGUGGCUGUAUUCUUUGUGUGUUUUGCUCCAUUUCAUUUUGCCAGAGUUCCAUACACUCACAGUCAAACCAACAGCAAAACUGACUGCAGGUUGCAAAAUCAACUGUUUAUAGCUAAAGAAACAACUCUCUUUUUGGCAGCAACUAACAUUUGCAUGGAUCCCUUAAUAUACAUAUUCUUAUGUAAAAAAUUCACAGAGCGCCUGCCUUGUAUGAGAGGGAGAAAGACCACAGGAUCAACCCAAGAAAAUCAAACUACUCAGACAGACAAUAUGACUCUAAGCUGAUAAAUUUAUCAUGGCUACCUUCUUUUUAAUUGGAAAGACUUUGUUCAAAAGAUAAUUGAUAUUAAAAUCAAGCUUAAGCAAUGAAAGGAAAACAGAUGGGACAAAUGUUUUCUUACAUGUUAUUACCCUGGUUUACAGAAAGCAUUAUAUAAAUUUUAAUUCCACGUAGAUGAACCGAUGAGCAGAAUGAAGUGUUGGUCAGAGAAUGCAACAGAAAGCAAGUGGCCACUAGAGGUCAUCUUUUUGAAAGCAUUUUGGAAAACA